CCGGCCAUCUUGGAAGAUGAAGUGCUUCAUAAAAAGAGACUUUGUAUGCAAAAGCACAGCCUGGAGGUCCAAAAAGCAAUAUUAUCCAUCGAUGAUACGAAAUUUCUCCGCCGAUACUACGAAAGGGUCUUCCACAAUAUACAGCAAACCAAUUGCCGAAUCCUGGCAAAAGCCUAUGUGAAAUUUGUUGAGUCCCACAAGCAAGUUAAAUACCCUUAUAAUGGGCGGAAGACCGUGGCGGGGGAAACCCAGCAAUUAAGUUCCGAGCAGAGUAAGCCACCAUGGUGGCCUCCUCAAGUGCGCCAUCGGGAACCCGAUCAUCUGCUCAAAGCAGAACGCAUCGCGCUCCUUGUCCAUAUUCUUUGUGACUUGCGUUGCAGUCACGGCAUAACAUCACAAAAACUGAAAGAUGCAGAGCAAUCUGUUCGGUCGCAGAUUAUCCCGGUUGGACGUUUAGAAUCCCUAGAAGAGUUAUAUCGUGUUAGAGGAGAAGAGGAAAAGUUUUUGGAGGGGCUUCUCGGUAGGGGCUUGCAACCACCUAUUCUUCACGAUUUAACUAAGUUCGUUUAG